AUGCGGGUGGUAUUACAGCGUGUUACGCAAGCUGCGGUUACCGUUGGUGAUGAAGUGGUGAGUCAAAAAAUCGAUAUUCUUGAGUAAAAUGUAAAUUUAGGUUUAUCUAGGUUGGUUCGAUAGGAAAAGGAGUUUGUGUGUUGGUGGGAAUUCACCAAAAUGACACGGAAGAAGACCUCAAAUAUUGCGUGCGAAAAAUUCUGAAUCUACGAAUCUUCCCCGCUUCCGAAGAGAAACCUUGGGAUAAAUCAGUGCUAGAUCUGGAUUUGGAAGUAUUGUCAGUUAGUCAAUUCACAUUAUAUGGGCAGUUCAAGGGGAAUAAGCUGGAUUUUCAUAAUGCGAUGAGCCCCAAAGACGCCUCAAUUUUCUAUGACAAAUUCUUGAAUGGAUUGCGGGCGGCUCACAAGGCAGAUCGAAUUCAGGAUGGAAGAUUCGGCGCAAUGAUGAAGGUGGAUAUAACAAAUGAUGGACCAGUAACAGUGACUUUUGAUAGUAAAGAUAAAUAG